GGCUCGGGGAGGCCAACCGGGAGGGGAGGGGGCCGUGGGGGCGGCUCAGCGGAACCAGCCCCGGCUGGGGAGCAGCGGCGACUCCGGGGCCGGGCCAGGGCUUUCCGGGCUUCGGUGAAGCCGCCGUGGGCCCCAUCUUCCGGCGGUCGCCGGAGUUUGUGGUGAUUGUUGCUGCCGCCGCCACCAACCCGGCUGCCAUCUCCUCCUCCUGGACCGCCGCCGCCUCCUCUUCCUCCUCCUCCUGGGCCGGGCCGAUCCCCUCCCCGCUGCCGCCUCCUCCUGGGCUGGGCCCGCGGUGUCUCGUCCCCUCGCGGAGCCGCUCCUGCCGCCGCCGCCGCCGCCUCCUCAUUCAUCCUCGUGCACCAUAGGCGGCACAGGCACCAAGAUGUCCAACCGAGUGGUCUGCCGGGAAGCCAGUCACGCCGGGAGCUGGUACACAGCCUCAGGACCGCAGCUGAAUGCACAGCUAGAAGGUUGGCUUUCACAAGUACAGUCAACAAAAAGACCUGCUAGAGCCAUUAUUGCACCCCAUGCAGGAUAUACGUACUGUGGGUCUUGUGCUGCACAUGCUUACAAACAAGUGGAUCCAUCUAUUACCCGGAGAAUUUUCAUCCUUGGGCCUUCUCAUCAUGUGCCCCUCUCUCGAUGUGCACUUUCCAGUGUGGAUAUAUAUAGGACACCUCUGUAUGACCUUCGUAUUGACCAAAAGAUUUACGGAGAGCUAUGGAAGACAGGAAUGUUUGAACGCAUGACUCUACAAACAGAUGAAGAUGAACACAGUAUUGAAAUGCAUUUGCCUUAUACAGCUAAAGCCAUGGAAAGCCAUAAGGAUGAGUUUACCAUUAUUCCUGUACUGGUUGGAGCUCUGAGUGAGUCAAAAGAACAGGAAUUCGGAAAACUCUUCAGUAAAUAUCUAGCGGAUCCUAGUAAUCUCUUUGUGGUUUCUUCUGAUUUCUGCCACUGGGGUCAAAGGUUCCGUUACAGUUACUAUGAUGAAUCCCAGGGGGAGAUUUAUAGAUCCAUUGAACAUCUAGAUAAAAUGGGUAUGAAUAUUAUAGAACAAUUAGAUCCUGUAUCUUUUAGUAAUUACUUGAAGAAAUACCAUAAUACUAUAUGUGGAAGACAUCCCAUUGGGGUGUUAUUAAAUGCUAUCACAGAGCUCCAGAAGAAUGGAAUGAAUAUGAGCUUUUCCUUUUUGAAUUAUGCCCAGUCAAGCCAGUGUAGAAACUGGCAAGACAGUUCAGUGAGUUACGCAGCUGGAGCACUCACAGUCCACUGAAGCUCUGAAUCCUCAGGGAUGCCACCUGCACAUACUCAUACUCUGUCCAGGGUCCCAGCCUAGCCUCUACCAAGAUAUUGGUUCUGGUUUUGGGGGGAUUCUGAAACCUCAAACUAAUAGAACUUUCUUUUCUUCUUUUCUAGUAGGUGUAGUCCUUCUUAAUUUCAGUUCAUUAAAAAAUGCUUUAUAGUUUUGGGCAGUGGAAGGAAGGCUGGCAUCAAAAAUAUUUUGAUAAUAAAAGGUGACAAUGUAAGGCCCAGUUGUGGCAGACAGUUUUUUGAAAGUAACUUGUAAAGCAUUUACCAUAUUCUAAAUUUGCACUCUUUGCAGACUUGUGCACAUAUAUUCCGCUUUCAGAAUAGUUUUGCAAAUUGUACACAAACAAACAAACAAAAAAGGGUGGAAGCUUUUUAAUAAAGAAAUUGCAUUUAUAAAUGAUCUGUAUUAGAAUAUAAUAAAUCUCCAGUUAUAGACAAUUACUACCCGUGUUGUACAACAGAUACCUUCUAUUUUAGUUGCUAAUAAAGGGCUACACAACUCAAAAUAGUCUGAUUUAAACUUAUUGCUCUGUGGUAUAUAUGAAAAUUGUUUUUUAUUAAUUCCAUCUCAGAAUUGUUGUUAAAAAUGGUAAGCCUCAGCUCUUAUGUGAAAAUAUAUUAGGAUGUAUUUUAUAUUUUACAUAUUUAUGUGAUAUUUUUUGAAUCACAGAAAUUAGAGUUAUAUAAUUUUAAAGUUAACUUUAAAAAUUACAUUCAUUUGUCUUUUUGUGUGUGACAUCCCUUUAUGUCAUUACUAUAUUGUAAUAGAGUAUAAAUUCAAGAUUGGUGAAAGAGCAUACAUGUAGUCCUUUACUUCAGGGAUCAUGUUUGACAGUCUGCAAAUGAGGAAACAUUGAAGAGUGAUGUUAGUGAUUUUCAAAUCAUUGCAGACCAUACACUGCAAUACUUUUAUAGUACUUUAAUCAGUUUGACUCUUUUACUUGAAUUUUUACUAAGAAAUCAUUAACAAUAACAACAACAAAAAACCCCACUGGACUUCCACUUCUACAAUUUUUUUGUUAUGAUUUUUGGUGCGGCUCUUCCAACUAAAAUAAUGGUAUGGUGUUGUAUUUCUUUCUUUUAACAGACCAAUUCUAGUCACUUUAAGGGAAAAAAAGUAAUUUGUUCACUGAAAAAAAGUAAUUUAGCCACCAUGCAUGUUCUAUAUUUUACCUAUUUUAGCACAACACUGGGUAUCCACAUUAUAUUGGAGAGUGCUUACAUCUUCAGUGUUAUGCCAAAAUAGCACAAUUUUAGAUGCCUUGAACAAAUUUUCUUUAAAGAUUUGCUUUUCUCAUUUAUUAAGUAUCAACUCUCUAAACUCAAGAAUGAAAUAAAAUACCACUACCUUUUGGAUUCAAAAUUACGCACUUACGUAUGUGUAGAAAUUAUAGUCUUGCACAUUAGUGAUUUCUCAUUAUAUGUACUUCUGAGUACUAUAAAUAUUUAUUCUUUAUUCUGUUUAAUACACAGUAUAAAAAUUUCCAAAUUGAGUACAGAGUUAAUUUUUAAAAGAAUGUUUUCUGAAUAUCAUAGAAACACAUGAGUAUUGUAGAAAAUUUGGAAAAUACUGAAAAGUGUAAAAAAGAAGAAAUAUUAUCUAUAGUUUCAUUACCCAGAGAUAAAACCGUUAAUAUUUUUCUGUAUUUCCUUUCAGUCUUUAUCUAUGCUAUUUACAUGUAUGAAUGUAUUUGUGUUCGUAUGGGUGUGUAAUAACAAAAUUAAGAUUUUACUGACCAUAUAGUUGUGUACCCUGUUUUUUAUAACCUAAGAUCAUAUACGAACACCUACUCCCUGUCUUUGUAAAUGGUUUUUAAAAAAUGGAUGGCUAAUAUUCUGUUGUAGUCUAUGAAAAUGCUAUAACCAGUUCUCUCUUUGGAUGUUAGGUUGUUUUCUAAUCUUUCACAAUUUUAUAGCGGGAUGGACAUCCUUAUAUAUAAAACUGAAGUUCUAUAUUAGUCUUGUUCUCUAGGAUAUAGUUAUGGGAAUAGAAUAAAUAGUUUACAUAGUAAUAACUUCUUAGACUUUUUAAAACAUUGCCAAAUUACCUUCCAGAAAGAUUGUACCAAAUUAGCAGCAUUGCAUACCCAUUGUGCUGCCCUUCAACACCAUUUUUCAUGUCUUUGACAAUUUGUAAAGAAAUUAAUUGGUUGUUUCUUCAAUUUUUUUAAAUUAUUUUUUUAGUAAAAAUUGCUUCCUAAUUAAUCAUUUACUCUUCUGUAAUUUUAUAGUUGAUUGAUUUUAAAAAAAGACAAUAGGAUUGCUAAGGUUGGUUGGCAUUAACAGGAUUGCACUUUUAAAAGUAGAGUAUUUCAACUGCACUCCACCCUUUUGUGGAACAUGAGCAUAUCUUUUCUGUCUGAUUAUGAAGUAGAGGGAAUUCCAAACUGAUAGUUGAAUGUUGGCUUUUAGUUCUAUCUCUGCCCCUAGUUAGCUAUCUCAACUUAACUGGUUCAUGUUGCAUUGGAAUUUUCACAUCUGUAAAACAUGGAGGUGUUUCAAAGUACUUUGAUGUUGUUACUUCAUUUUGCAAUAGAUUCUGUGUCUUAACGUUAAAUAGCUAUGCGAUUGAAUUAGAUUAGAGGAAUUAUCUUUUGACUUCAACUCUAUGUACAUGAAAAUGAAAAUCUUGUUCUGUAACCUAAAGGGGAAAUUAAUUUGCAUUAUUUAAUGCAGUUAAUAUUACCUAAAAUGUUGAUCUUAAGCUUUCCUAUUUUAAGUGCCUUUAAAAAAUUUUUUACAAUUCAAAUUUAAAAUGUAAAGGAAAUUAUUAGUAGUUCUAUACAGUUGCUUCUUUAUCAUAUCAUGUACUUUUGAGUUUUUUGUAGCAACUGUUUUUUACCAUAGAUUGCACAGAGCAGAAUAUUCAUGGAUUCUUCACUGUCCCAAUAGUGGGUCCUUGAGAAAUGUAUGUUAAAGAUUAGUUCAGUCAUCAGGUAAGUGCUCAGUCUUGGGUGGUGUAAAUCUUUGUACAGAGUAGAAUAAAGAACUAACCAAUGUUCUAGGGUUUAUAUUUACAUAUUCUAAUAUGAAUGUUGGUUUCCUGAAUUAAUUAAUGGUUAUUGUUCUAGAUCUCAAAUUUUGCUUUGGAAGCAAAUUGUUCAUUCCCCUAGAUUAGGGGUUGGUGGAUGUUUUCUGUGAAGGACCAGAUAGUAUUUUGGGCUUCACAGGCUGUAUGGUCUCUAGCUACAACUCUUCUCCUUUGCCAUUAUAGUACAAAAGUAGCCAUAGACAAUAUGUAAUCAAAGGAAUGUGACUAUGUUUUAAUAAAACUUUAUUUACACAGCGAUGAUGCACUGGAUUGGCCUGCAGACCAUAAUUUGCUGUCUCUUGCCCUAGAUUGUGUAGUUUGUUCAAAGAUAGCUAAAAAUCUUUACUUCAACAAGUGAUUGAUUUUAAUUUUCUUCUUUUCCAACCCUGUCUUGAUUUGAUGCAGUCUAAUUGGAUUUGAGUGUUAUGAUCAUAAAGGCAAAAGGAAAGUGAGUAAGGAAAACUAGGUCUUUAUUUGCUAAAAUCCAUUGAGUUUACUUUACUGACAUAUUAAUCAAAAGGAGUGGUCAAUGGAGGUAGUGAUUGUAACAAAUUCAUUAUUUUUCAUUUUUGGUGCUGGAGAUUGAACCCAGGACUUGUGCAUGAUAAAGUACAUGUACUAUUACUGAGGUACAUCCUCAACCUGUUGCAAAUUCUUUAAAUUAUUUUAAGUACUUGGCUACCUAGAUGAUAGCAAAGGAUAGUUCGAAUGCACUUUUUGAUCUAACUGCAUACUUUGGAAUUCUAGACCAAUAUAUUUUUAAAAACUAUGAAAUGUGAGUUUAUUUUGCUAUGUUGACUUUUGGAAAAAUAACUACCAUCUUAUAUCAGCAUCGUUUUAUUUAAAUAAUGACCUCCCUCCCCCUGACUAUUAAGGAAUAUUUAAACUCAGAAUAAAGGAGAGUAAUUUAACUUGAAUAACUUUAAGGUGAUAAAAUUAUUACAUUGUUAUUUUCUCAUUUAUUUAGGAUCAACCGGAGAAAAAACAUACCUCAUCAAGUAGUAGUAUCUAGUCUAUAACGUGGCGUCUGGGAAGGGCUGUGAUAUAGUUGUUGAAAGACCUAAUGCAGGCAGUUGUAAACUGUAAUGGAGUGGAUAACAGUUAUAAGCCACAUUUACACUGCUGUUUGGACUAAAAAAUGUAUCAACUGUAAGUGCCACACUGUGAACUAGAGUGUCAGUAGGGAGGCAGCCGGAUGAUGAAAACCUGUGUGGAGUAGGAUGUAGUUGAUGAAAUUUGUGAUAUUUACUUUGGAGAAGAUAAGUUUAAGGAGAGGAAGCUUUCUUUAGAUGUUUCUAAAUGCACAUAUAUAAGAGGAAUAGACUUGUUUUGUUUUGUAGGUAGAAAAACCAAGAGUAAAAAAUGAUGGUUUCUAGUUCCACGUAUAAUGUUCUAUAUGAGGAUUUCUAGUAAUGAAAAUUGGCUCUGUCCAUAUAAAAUCAUUGGAAAUGGUCAGACAAAAGCUAGGUGAGUGAUUUUCAAAGAAGAGUCCCUGAACUAUUAAGACUUCAGUAUCACCUGAAGAUAUUUUAUAGAUAAUUAAUGCGUAUGGCUUUAAUAAUUACUAUUAUAGAUCAUCAAGCUGAGAAAGCUAAUAAAAUUAGCACGAAUAAAAUGGAAUUUACCUCUUGUAUAAAACUAUUAAAUUAUUUUCAAAUCAAAAUUAAUUUUGAUUACUUACUACUAACUGAACAGAUUAUAAGUUGAAAAGAUGAUUAUCACUUAGUUGUUAGUGGUGGUACCUUAGAAUAAUUAAUUUCUUUGUUCAAGUUAAAGCAUUUAGAUAGAAAACAAAGUUCUGCUAAUAGCAGAACUGUUUCCUAAUAGAAAUUUUUAAAUUUGUCUCUGAAUAAGUGGCUACUUUUCUUAAACAGAGGUGCUUCUUCAAUCUAAAACACAGCCAUAUCAGUAACAGAAAAGGGUACUGACAAAACAUACUGUUUUUGUAUCUAUUGGUGUUAAAAUAUUAGGAGGAAAACCAGAAGCAACUGGCAGAUAGGAAUUUUUCCUGUUGUUUUUCUGUUACUCCCAGUACACGCUUGCAUGUAUGGCUGAGUGGUAUGGCAUGCCAUCGUCAGCGACCAUGCUACACAUUUUUAUAGAUGCUCCCUCAGCUAAUAGUGAUCACUGAGACUUCUGCCUCCUUUGAUUUUUUUUUUUUCCCCUAUCUUGUCGCCACAAGUUCAUUAGUACUAUGUGAAGAACUUUAGUGUUUCAGAUUUGUCAUUUAUUCCAGGGUUUUCUGGGGAUUCCAGAGUAGUUUAUACCAGGAUAUAUUAGAUUACCAUGCGUGUGUGGACAUGCAGAGGUAUGCUUGCACAUUCAGAGCUUUGGUCAUCACACUAUGAAAAUAAUGAGAAAAAAAAAAAAGCCAGUUCUUUUGAUUUUGAAAGCCAUAAUAUAAUGCGAUU